AUGGACCCCCGGCCGUCCGCUUGCCCAGCAUGCUCGGCGCUGCUUGCAGGCUCCCAAGCGCACGGGCUGGGGGGCUUGCAAGCAGCGCCGAGCUGCGGCCACGGGGGCAGAAAGGCAGGCUGCCCCUCCGUUUCCCAGGGAAGUGUCCUUAGGACUGCAGCUAAAAGGUACGAUCCUGUGCACAUUUCCUUGGAAGAAGAGCCAGAAACCAUCAAUGGAUUCUCUGAAGAAGAGAUGGUUCAUUUUAAUGUUGGUGGCUGGUGCUUCUCAGUUCCUAAAAGCAAAGUGGCCCAGUUUCCAGAUUCCCUGCUCUGGAAAGAGGCUUCAGCCCUGACUGAGAACGAAAACCCGAGAUUAUUUAUUGACCGAGAUGGAUACACCUUCAGACACGUCCACUAUUACUUGCACACAUCCAAACUUUCUUUCUCUAGCUGUGCUGAACUGAACCUCCUAUAUGAGCAGGCGCUGUUCUUGCAGCUGAUUCCUCUCUUGCAGACUUUAGACAAUUUGAAGGAAGGAAAACACAAUUUGCGCAUCCGACCUGCUGAUAUACCAAUAGCUGAAAGAGCAUCUAUGAAUUACUGGAGAACACGGAAAUGUAUCAACAAGCCAUCCGAAUUUCCUCUUAAAAGUCUGGCAUUUACUGGUUUACAUGAGAAAGCUCCUCUUGGAUUAAUGGACACUCCGUUAUUAGAUACUGAAGAAGAAGUGCAUUACUGUUUUCUGCCACUCGGCUUGGUUGAAAAAUACCCUUCCCUGGUUAAUGAUGACAAUUUAUUGUGGCUGUCUGACAAUUCCGUCCUGAUAGAAUGUGAAGGCAGCGAGUUCCGCUUCAUAGCUAAUUUUCUACGGUCAGGAAAGAUUUUUUUGCCUGAAAACUUCUCCAGCAUGGAUGUUCUGGAAGCUGAAGCUGAAGAAUUGGGAAUUCCUGAGCUUACAGAAGCAGUGAAGAUCUAUAGGAGCCAGCCUGAGGCCUACCGUGAGGGCUCGUCUGGUCUGCAAGGUUUUGUGAAAACCACAAUACGAAAGCACCAGGAAGCAGCCAGCCUCCCCUUGUACCCGAUGGUGCUCGGUCUCUUAGUCAAAUAUCCUGAUUCAGCUUUGGGGCAGCUCCAUAUGGAGAGCACCCUGGAUGGGAACAAGCUCUACAUAUCAGGAAACGGAGUUCUUUUUCAACAUGUCAUGAAUUGGUUAGGCACUUCCAGGCUUCCUCUGACAAGAAGUAUGUGUGAGCUUCCUGAACUCUGUGCCUAUUUGGAUCAAAUGGACAUCACUUAUCAGCCCAUGAAGGAUGCUUUGAAAACAUAUUUAAAGCAAAAGACACCUACGGAUGCCAUGGGAAAAGACUGGACAGCAGAAAUUACGGCCUUUUCGCUCCAUCACAUUGUCAAAGUGUAUGUGGGAAGCCACUGGUAUGCAACAUACUUGCAAACGUUAUUGAAGUUUCCAGAGCUGUUGUCGAAUUACAAUAAAGUAUAUUGGAUUGUUCAUGGUCAGAGUCUCUUCAUCCAUGGAGACGGACAAAUGUUUCGGCACAUCCUCAACUUCCUUAGGCUUGGCAAGCUCUUCUUGCCUUCAGAAUUUAAAGAAUGGCCUCUUCUAUGCCAGGAAGUAGUAGAAUACCAGAUCCCUUCUCUUGUGGAAGCACUUUCCCAGUGUGACAUAUACAGAAUGUGGGUAAAACAACGAGAGGCUCACAGCAUAGCUUUACCAUUUAGAAGUCUUGAACUUGCGGUGUCAGAGAAAGAGGAAGGAUCGAGUGAAGACGCUCAAGAUGUACAGCACUCUUAUAUUGCCAAGAAUGUAAACCAAUGUGCUAAUAACUGGAGCAUAACUACAGAAGCACAAGAUGUUGAAGAGAAUGACCAGGAGAAGGACAGAUACACACGUAUUUCUCCAAUCAAGGGAGCAAAGCGACGAAAUGACUGGGAAGAAGACUGUCAGUCCACAGCUGUGUGGGGAAAUUCCUGGGGGUACACCCAGCCAGGAAGCCCCCCGAGGAAAAAAGGGGCGAAGGGCAAUUUACCAAAGAAGUCUGAAUGCAGAGACACUCCCAUCCAGAGGCUAAUUUCCCUGGUUCAGGGCUGGGAUAUGGCAAAUCACAAGCACUACGAAGGCCCGCAGUCUCCUGCACCCGAUGGUGCCAGGGCCGAUGGAGGGUCUCCGUGCAAAGAUCUGGACAGAACAGCUCCCUGCAAGCUGCCACAAGCAAGCCCCACGAGUCUUACCACUCCUGAACUCCCCAGGAAGGGCCUUGUUCUUAGAGCUGCACCAAGAGUUCAACAGCACUUGACAAACAUUGGCUGGUGCUUGCUGGGCACCCCAGCUAUGGAAGGAUCGCUGGUCAGGGCUGGUGGACCAAGCAGUCUGGAAGAGAUCUGUCCAAUGGGGGGAAAUGUCCCAGUCAAGAAGCUGAGCGGGCAGGUGGAGAGAGAGGAAGGAGCAUUCUCUGAAACAAUCCAGGCGUUAAUUGAUGUGCCGUGGGAGAGUUCUGGGUUGAUCCUUAAAGUCAAACACCCUCCAGUUGUGGCUGGUGAUGGUUCAUACAUGCCGCAUGAAGACAGCACCCUCUACAGCACACAUAGGGAAGGCGUCCAGCUGGCCAAUGCAUAUACGCAACUGGUGGCCAAAGACAUUGUCUUUCUGAGCUUCCCGUUGUCACAAGAAGAGAUUUUCUAUGCCCGGAUGUGCCACUGCUUUCUCACAGAUGUCAUCUUGGACUCCAUAAGGCAGAAGGACCCCAAGGAAAUUACUGCCCAAGUGGAGCUGUUUGUGCAGAGGUUGUGGACUCUGCAGAUCACAGCAAAGGAAUUUGUGGCUGACUUACUGAACGUGGCACCUUUUAAAGCCAAGAGUCACACCUGUGAGAAGUUAUUGAAAUGGCUUGAGUUUACCCUGCCUUUUGCCUGGAAGUACAGUUGCUGCGUUGGCCAGCUGAUAAGAAAAGGAUACUUUAAAUCACUCUCUCAUUUUGUUUUAGGAAAAUAUUUGCAGAAGUCUUAA